UGUCGUGCUUGUUUAAUCAUUUUCAUCGUUGACAACUUUGUGCUAUUACUUUUAGAUAAACGAGGACUGCAUGUCAAAGUUUCCUCAUUCUUCGUUUGACUCUAGUAAGACAUUUUUAGAGAAAAUCAUCCAAAAUGGAACCGACUAGUUCUAGUGCCAAUUUUCCGAAUGUCAGUGGAACCAACACAGUGCAUCUAGAGACAAUAUCAAGCAGCUCUGACUUUUCCGACCCAUCGGUUGACUCUUCGUUUUUGAACGGAUCUAUUGUAGAGCAACGAAGAAAAGAAAUCUUGUAUUGCUUUUUGUGUCAAAAGAUAUCCAGCGACUCUUGUUGGAAGGACAGACAUCUAGUUUUCGAUGUGUCUGAUAUUAUUCACUGCGCAAUCGGAAAUCACGUCAUUCUAUUCUACAAGACUAUUACAAAUUUAGACUCUGCCUUAGACCAGCGAAAGAAAUACGGAGAAGUUUUAAAUACUGUCGAGGACUCCCUGCAGCGCCUUACAAUAAGCGUACGAGAGAAAAUAGCUCAUAACAACCAGCAAAUAAGUCAACUAGAAGUGGCAAAAAACGAAAUAGUAUCUUUUCGGGACAAUUUCCUCUCCGCUGGACGUUCAUCCCGAACUGAUCGUGAGGAUUUUAGCAGUCAAAUUGCAGACUGCACCAAGAAACUUGUAGAUUCUUGCACGACCGCUGCCCAGAUUUAUCAGCUUUAUUCCGAUUUGCAGCAAUCUUAUCUGAAAGUGAUUAUCGAAGGACCAUACGGUAAUCUGUCGUCUGUUCGCGUGGAAUCCUCGAUCGACGGACCCGUUAAUAUUCUUCAUGGUUUGGAUCAAGAUCGUCUUGAAGGACAUUCUACAGCAGAAGACGUUCGUCGUGUGAUUGCUUAUGCAUUGGAAACUUCUCUUUCUAUUAAAGAGGAAACAAAUGAAGUCCGCCGGAUAUAUCCAACGAAAGCAAUGCUGCGUCGAUCACCGUUCCCGGCACCUCGUACUUUGCUUGGUGCACCACUGCUGCAGCACGCAAAGACGCCUACAUCACCUAGAAAACCGUUUGAUUGCUGUAAUAAGAAUCCAACAUUGUCCUCACUUUCAAUUAGGCGGCUUUCAUCAUCAGAUGACGAAAGCAGUAACAUAACACUGGCACGUAAUAGUAUUCUCCCAUCGACAGCAACCGUAUCACUUCAGAAUCCGCCAAAUCCUCCGAAACCACUUUCAUUGAGGCCUUUAAAAAGUCUUAAAGGGAAAACGAGCUUCGCAUCCGAGCUUCCUUCCUAUAUAAGCUAUGAUUUAUCUAUUGAUUCUCCACAAUCUUCCGUAUCACCGGCAAAUAGCACUGUCUCAUUAACCGACGAUGCAUCGUCUCCAACACCUUCUUCAUUAAAUUUCUCUGCAGAAUCUAUAUCUGGCACUAAUGGAACGGAGUCAAGAAUAAAUAAACGGGUUCGUUCCAAUCUUGGUUUCGAUCCUGAGUCUCCAGAAUUUUAUGAAGUACCGAUAGGUCCAAAUUUAUCGUUGAGCAGUCCUCCUAUUGCUCAUUCAGUCAGCUUGGAGGAUGCAGUGCUAGAAAAUCGUCGUUUUGCUGCUGAUCGCAUUCGCAGCGCUUUAAAAAACACAUGUACAUGGCACCCUCAAACUAACUGGCUGGCCACCACCAGUGAUGGGGCAGAUGCCCUUAUUUGGAUAUUACCCGCACAGAAUGAAAACAAAGUUGAAAAUGAAAAUGUGAAUGAAUCAGUUCGGUUAGCGAAAUUCGCUAGCUUAUCAGAUACCUUUCGCAAACAAAACCGACGCGUUUCACUCGACCACUCGAAUGAUCCUGUUUUUAAAAUUGCUUGGAAUCCCAAUGGGACCAUUCUAGUUACAGGAUCGAAAAAAGGAGUCAUUCGAUUUUGGUCUACCGAAGGCAAAUUAAAUCCUGCAAUCCCGCCUGAAGCUGAAACCAUGGUAGAAACUCAUGCAAAUGAGGUUUUGGUUUUGAAAUUUAGUCCGUCAGGAAAGUACCUCGUUUCUGGAGGGAUGGACGGCAAAAUGUUUGUCUGGGAUAUGGACAGAUUAAGUCUGCGUCAGACUUUCACCUGCCAUUCAGAUCCAAUUUGCGAUGUUGACUGGAAAAUAAAUACAAAUAUUUUCGUGUCUUGCGCUUAUAAUGGAUUCAUCUUCAUUCAUCGAGUAGGGCAUGAUCAUCCACUGCGAACUGUUUCCGAUUAUCCCCGUUGGGUAAGAUCAGUCCGCUGGAAUCCUGGUUCAGAUGUAUUAGCAACUUGUUCUGUGGAUUCAUCGCUUCAAGUUUGGAAAGAUGCAUUAAAAAUUAGCUCUGAACCAAAGGAAUUGAAUGGUCAUUAUCGAUCGGUGAACGCCAUUUCAUGGCGUCCUGCUGUUUCCUCUGGACCAGGUGUUUCUUCAAUUAGGAUGGAUAGCUUGUGUAGCAAAUACCUGGCAAGUGGUUCUGAUGAUGGAACGGUUAUCGUGUGGCAUGCAACUUUAAAAACAAAAAUGGUUUUGAGCAGUAAGAAUAAAAGUAGCGUCAAGUGCCUCGCCUUCUCACCUAAUGGAAAACUUUUAGCUGCUGGCAGAGGUGAUGGUCAUGUAGAUUGCUGGUUUUCAAAGGGGAAGCUGUUUGGUUCCAUGAAACUCAACGGUGCAAUCUACACAAUAGAGUGGGACGCUACUGGCAAGCAAUUGGCAGUUGCUGUCGGAGACUUUGGGGCUGAGUAUUUUGAAAUAAAAAGACUUAAAAAGGAUUAGUAACCACAGUAUGUGUAAAUGGAUAUCUUUCAAGUGAUGUUGUUCGUACUUAUAGUUUCCUAAAAGUUUGAUUUUGAUUGUUAAUUACUAUGAAUACAUUUUAAAACGUUUUUAUUACUUUUCUGUGAGGUGCAAACAUUACUAUCGUGAAAGCCCCCACCCCUUAUGGCUGUAUUUCUUGUUUUUAGUCGUUCUCCUUACCGUACACACAUUACAGUUGGUACACCUAACUAUGCAAUGAGUAAAUCGAACGACUUCAUCUAAUAUAAGUAUUUUUAGAGUGCUUCACGCAAAAUUUGAGUUUUUAUAACGAAUCGACAUGAUAUUUUUGAAGUGGGCCUACUAGCAUAUUUUCCUUUGUUUUAUUUUACGUUUUUUUGAACUUUUUGCUUUUUGGCGCUCUUUACUGGCUGUCUGACUGUGUCAAGUACAAAGUUCUACCGCUAGAAUCGCGUUGUACGCCUUUGAUCAGAAACAGAAAAGUGUCGGCCAUUCGCAGUUCUAAGGGCAGAGACGGUUGGAGAGCCGUACAGAGAGAGCUGCUGUGCUGCUUCAAUAUAGAUUUUGCUGCUGUGACUCUUGCCUGUUGCC